ACACGCACCUAUAAAAUGGAAAUAAUUGGUUUCAAAUCUCUUCCACUUCACCCAUCUUCUCUUCUUCUUCUUCUCUCCUAUAGACUGCCUUGCUGUCUGUCUCAUUAAGCUCUUCUUCUAGUUCCUUCUGAAUCUCCCUCCCUGUACAUCAAGGUAUUGAGUUUCUGCGAAAUUCACUGAAGAUUUGUCGUUUGCGGAGAGAUCUUUAUUGUGAAUGGACAGCUCGGAAAUAUAAUCCGAGCUUUGAAAAAGAAAAAACUGGUUUUUAGGUUGAAUUGAAUUUGAAUUUGAAUUGUUGGUAAAGAUGAUUACCAUGGCACCGGAGCUUACCUUGGUCUUCAAAAGUUUGGACAUGUUAGGAGCUUCUGAUCAUGCUACCGUGGUUUCAAUUACAUUAUUUGUUACCCUUCUUUGCGCUUGUAUAGUUAUAGGUCAUUUACUCGAGGAGAAUCGGUGGAUGAAUGAAUCCAUUACAGCCAUUGCUAUUGGUUUGUGUACAGGAGUUGUAAUUCUAUUAACUACAGGAGGAAAAAGUUCGCAUAUUCUAGUGUUUAGUGAAGAUCUUUUCUUUAUAUAUCUACUUCCUCCUAUUAUUUUCAAUGCUGGUUUCCAGGUUAAAAAGAAACAAUUCUUUCGCAACUUUAUGACAAUCAUGCUGUUUGGUGCAAUUGGUACACUGAUAUCUUUUGCCAUCAUCUCUCUCGGUGCAACACAAAUAUUUAAGAAGCUGGAUAUUGGUCCUCUGGAAUUAGGAGAUUAUCUUGCCAUCGGAACAAUCUUUUCUGCCACAGAUUCUGUUUGCACCUUACAGGUGCUUAAUCAGGAUGAGACACCACUACUAUACAGUUUGGUCUUCGGCGAAGGUGUUGUUAAUGACGCGACUUCUGUGGUGCUCUUCAAUGCAAUUCAGGACUUUGAUCUUACUCACAUCAAUUCUAAAAUCGCAUUGCAAUUUUUUGGGAACUUCUCAUAUUUAUUUAUCAUAAGUACACUGCUUGGAGCCUUUGCUGGACUUUUGAGUGCAUACAUCAUUAAAAAGCUAUAUUUUGGCAGGCAUUCUACUGAUCGUGAGGUUGCGCUGAUGAUACUUAUGGCUUACCUUUCUUAUAUGCUAGCCGAGUUAUUCCACCUAAGUGCAAUUCUCACAGUGUUCUUUUGUGGGAUUGUGAUGUCCCACUACACCUGGCAUAAUGUAACAGAGAGUUCACGAGUCACUACCAAGCAUGCUUUUGCGACACUGUCAUUCAUGGCUGAGAUAUUUAUCUUUCUUUAUGUUGGUAUGGACGCGUUGGACAUUGAGAAGUGGAGAUUUGUUAGAAGUAGUCCCGGGAAGUCAAUUGGAGUGAGUGCAAUAUUGCAAGGCUUGGUUCUGAUCGGAAGAGCAGCUUUUGUUUUCCCUCUGUCAUUUUUGUCCAACUUAACUAAGAAGACUCAAAACGAAAAGAUUACUUUCAAUCAACAAAUUACUAUAUGGUGGGCUGGUUUGAUGCGAGGCGCUGUAUCUGUUGCGCUUGCUUAUAAUCAGUUUACAAGGGCAGGCCACACUCAACUGCGUGGAAAUGCUAUUAUGAUCACCAGCACAAUUACUGUUGUUCUAUUCAGCACAGUGGUAUUUGGUUUGAUGACUAAACCUCUGGUAAAGCUGUUACUACCUCCGCCGAAACCUUUCAGCAGUAUGUUGUCAUCAGAGCCAAAUAGUCCAAAAUCCUUCAUUGUGCCACUUCUUGAGAACGGACAAGAGUCCGAAAUCGACUUUGGUGCUCGUAAUAUCCUUCGCCCAUCCAGUAUUCGCAUGCUUCUCUCCACCCCAACUCAUACUGUCCAUCGCUAUUGGCGCAAGUUCGAUAAUGCAUUCAUGCGUCCCGUAUUUGGUGGCAGAGGUUUUGUCCCCUUUGUUCCCGGCUCACCAAUUGAACAAAGUUUACAUCAAAAAGAGGAAGAAACAGAAACACAGACGUAAAACAAAACAAUACAGAGUCAAUUUUAUACAAUCUAGAAAAAAGGAACACCCUUCGUAUCUCCAAACAGGAUAGCAAGCUAGCAUGGGUUUGAUGAGUUUUUUUUUUAGUGUGAAUUGUUAAUUCAAUGUUGAUGCAGUGUGUGCUACACAAGCUGUUUGUAAUUUCUUUCUUUUUUUUCUUCUGGGUCAUAUAUUGAAAUUUAGCAUCAUAUAUUUUUUGUAUCGUGAUCGAUCAAUUGCUCGAUGGUCGAUUGUCAUAGGGUUGUCCAGUAGGUUUUGUUUUCCGUUAUAUUCUUAUAUGACCUUUCAGCUUUCAAAUAUUUAUUUUGUAUGUAUAAAUGGAUGGAAAAUUUAAUGUAACUAAUUUAUCUUUUGUUCUUGGCUUAA